AUGGAUAAUGCAUUAAUAAUAUUAAUUAAUGUAAAUAAAUUAAGUGAGAAUUCAUAUUAUAUGCUUUUAGAUAGAAUACGCAGUGUUAUUGAAGAAAAUCAUUUGAAUUCUUUAUUAGUACUACCUUCAAAUAUUGAAAGAAAUAAUGCGAUUAGGAUCGGAAUACAUUCAAUUACCUCACCAUUAUGGCAAUUAAGAUCAUCACAUGAUAUUUUUGCAUUCUUACAUGCUUUACGUGAUUUAUUAAGAUUUUCUUUCAAUGCAGUUAUUAUUACAAUUUUGGCUUAUCUAUAUUUAUCAUCCUCUUCAAACUGUGUUCGUUCAUUAGAAGAAUUGAAUAUAUGUGUGAUGCAGUUGUCGAAGUUGAAUCAUUUGCAGUUAGGAUCCCCUGCAACUAAUAAUGCAAUUUAUAGUACCAUAUAUUAUGGAUUAUUCCACCUUCAUAAAUUACCAACUCUUAAUUCGCUCAUACCAUCAUCUACAAAAUUAUCAGUAUUAUCAAGUGAUAGUAGUAUUAAUGAACAAUGUAUUAGUUCUGAAAUGAAUAAGUCUGUGAAGAAGAAGGAAGAGGAUGAUAAAAGUAAACUAGCUAUUGGUAGUAGAUGUGUUACUAUAUUAGGAAGAAAAGUUGAUCUAUAUGAUUUCUAA